AUGGGGAUCAGUCAACUUAAACCUUGUCUUACUAGCAGCAUAACAAAAUUUGUCAACAUCCGAAAAGGAAGAGUCCCUUUGAUCAGACCCCCUGGUCCUACAGGAAGACCUGGCCUUCCGGGAGACAAAGGAGCCAUGGGAAUCCGUGGACAGCCGGGAGUCAAGGGUCCACCUGGAGAGAAGGGAGCUCCAGGAGAGGCUGGCAUGUCCAUCAUUGGUCCCCGUGGACCUCCAGGACAACCUGGAAGAAGAGGUUUUCCUGGGUUUCCAGGUCCAAUUGGUUUGGAUGGCAAACCAGGGCAACCUGGACAGAAAGGGGAAAUGGGGAUCCCAGGACAAAAAGGAGAAAAGGGUCAAUGCGGAGAAUAUCCACACAGGGAAUAUCUAAGCACCACACUUGCAGCUCUGCGUUCUAAUCACAUCCUUGCAUUGAAGGGUGAACAAGGACAGGCAGGCAUCCAAGGGCCUCCAGGGCUACCUGGGCCCCCAGGACCACCCGGGACUCCAGGACCACCUGGUCAAACUGGCCCAGCUGGAAAAACCGGAGAACCUGGCAAGGAUGGAAAGGGUUUGCCAGGAGUUCCUGGACCAAAGGGUGACCCUGGACUUCAAGGAUACCAUGGAAGGAAGGGUGAAGUGGGUGAGACAGGCCUACCAGGAACACCUGGACUUCCAGGAUCUGCUGGCCCUAAGGGGGAAAGGGGAAUGCCAGGGCUGCCAGGAAAACAAGGAGUUCAGGGUGAACCCGGGAAUCCAGGAGCAAAGGGAGAACGUGGAAUUUCUGGGAAGAUGGGCCCCCCAGGUUUGCCUGGAAAAAGGGGGUACAGGGGUGAAAAAGGAGAUUCUAGCAAUGCUCUUGGAGGAAGCAAAGGAGAACCAGGCUCUCCAGGACCCCCAGGAUUGCCAGGGCCUCCAGGACCAAAGGGCCUCAAGGGCGAACCAGGGAAGAGUGAAACGGUAGACUACAAUGGUAAUAUCAAUGAAGCUUUGCAGGAGAUACGAACAUUGGCUCUCAUGGGGCCUCCUGGUCUUCCAGGUGUUGCAGGACCACCAGGAGAGCCUGGCCAGAAGGGUGAAAUUGGUUUGCCAGGUCCCUCAGGACAUAAUGGAGAAAAGGGUCUUGAUGGCCUAAAUGGAGUUAAAGGUGACCAAGGGAUGCCUGGACCUCCUGGUCUCAUCGGCCCAAGUGGACGUCCAGGUUUUACAGGAGAGAAGGGAGAACCUGGAGAAAAAGGAGAUACUGGGGCUUCAGUAACUGGUCCACCAGGGCCUCAAGGUCCCCCUGGAAACCCAGGUCUUCAAGGCCUACCGGGACCUAAGGGAGAAGCAGGAAUUGAUGGAAUAAAAGGUGAAAAUGGUAUCCAAGGAGAAAAAGGAGAUCGAGGUCCUUUGGGGCUGCCCGGCGCUUCAGGUUUAGACGGCAGGCCUGGCCCACCGGUGAGUGUCAUUUCUCCGAUUCCCUACGUUCCUGUUCCCUGA